AUGAGUAUGAUGGGAGAGCUAACAUUCUUUCUUACACUUCAAAUUCAACAAUCAGAAGAAGGAAUGUUUAUAUGUCAGACAAAAUACACAAAGAAGUUGAUUCAGAAGUUCGGUAUGAGUAGUUCUAAAGCUAUUGGCACACCAAUGAGUCCUUCAGCAAGUCUUGACAAAGAUGAACAGGGAAAACCUGUUGAUGAAACUAAAUAUCGUGGAAUGAUUGGCUCCCUUCUUUAUCUAACUACUAGUCAACCAGAUAUUAUGUUUAGUGUUUGUGAUAAGGAAGACGGAAAAAGCACCAGCGGAACAUGUCAAUUACUUGGAAAAGCACUGAUAUCUUGGAACAGUAAAAAGCAAGGAUCAGUUGCACUAUCCACAACUGAGGCUGAGUAUAUCGCCAUUGGACAAUGUUUUGCACAAUUAUUAUGGAUGUCUCAUCAAUUGGGAAUCUCCAAACAGGGGUUUUUCAUUGCUUUGAAAGACAAGCCAAUCGCUCAUGGCAGAGUAGUAGACCUUGAUGACAUGGAAGCCCUAAACUGUAAGUGCAAGUGUUCUGGUUUUCCCAUGCUUUUCAAAAAUUCUUUGCCUGAUGACUUCAAAAUCACCAAUCAAGCAAAACGCUGUAUUGCUGAGUGUUCAUCUGAAUACCUCCCUAACAGUUAG